CCUUCCAAACACCUACAACCAAACACAACUUUAAUAAUCUGACAAUGAAUUCCCAAUGGUACCAGAUCAUCAUCACUGUUACUCUCUCCCGGGAAAACCAAACACACUUUUCCCUGAUCUCAAAUCUGAAUUCUGAAUUCUAAAAUCUCUAAUAAUCACCACAUCAAAUUCUGAAUCUUCUUCUCCAUCACCAUAACUAGAUCUCAUUCCCACAACAUUCAAAAUGUCAGGGUUUCUACAUCAAAGAAGUCUCCACAACCCUUUUUCAAAUCCAUUCCCAAUUUCAUCUUCUUCUUCAACCAAUUCAAAGAAACCCAUUUCAAUUUUCAGUCCCACAAUUCUCCUUUCCCUAUUAUCCCUCAUAGUUGUGCUCGGUGUUUUCUCCCCUUGGUUGGGUAUGCCCCAAAAUCUCUUCUUUACUUCAAAACCUUCAAUUUCCAAAUGGGGUCACUACACAUUGGACCAAGCACUUACCUUUGUGGCAAAAAAUGGAACUGUCAUAGUUUGUAUUGUUAGCCAACCUUAUUUGCCUUUUCUUAAUAACUGGUUGAUUAGUAUCACUAUGCAGAAGCGUCAAGAUAUGGUUCUUGUUAUUGCUGAGGACUAUCCUUCACUUUAUAAGGUUAAUGAACUUUGGCCUGGCCAUGCUGUUCUUAUUCCUCCUGUGCUUGAUGUUGAAGCUGCUCAUAAAUUUGGUUCUAAGGGUUUCUUCAACUUUACAGCAAGGAGACCAAGCCAUCUGCUGAAGAUUUUGGAGCUUGGAUAUAGUGUAAUGUACAAUGAUGUUGACAUGGUUUGGUUAGCUGAUCCAUUUCCUUAUCUGCAAGGGAACCAUGAUGUGUACUUUACAGAUGAUAUGACUGCAAUCAAACCAUUGGACCAUUCUCACGAUUUACCACCACCAGGAAAUAAGGGGCGCCCGUAUAUAUGUAGUUGCAUGAUUUUCCUUCGCCCUACCGAUGGAGCAAAGCUAAUAUUGAAAAAGUGGCUUGAGGAACUUCAGCUUGAGCCAUGGUCCAGAACAAAAAAAUCUAAUGAUCAACCUGCUUUUAACUGGGCUUUAAUGAAGAAUGUUAAAGAGGUUGACUUGUACCUUCUUCCACAAGCAGCAUUCCCUACAGGCGGAUUAUAUUUCAAGAACAAGACAUGGGUAAAGGAAACUAAAGGAAAGCACGUAAUAAUUCAUAACAACUAUAUAGUCGGUUUUGAGAAGAAGAUAAAGCGAUUCCGUGACUAUGGUUUCUGGUUGGUGGAUGAACAUGCAAAUGAGUCUCCACUAGGUGGAUUAUGACGCUAUUCUCGUUACAAGUUUAUCAUCAACUUAAUUUGGUCCCCAAGCAUUUAGAUUCGGAACAUGCUUUCUGCCACAAAUUGCUCGUCCUAUGUUUUCCGAAGAUGUUUCAACUGUUGCUGUCAACACAAAGACAGGAUUGGGGAAGAAAAAUGUAUCUUGUUUUCAAUUUUGAGAUGAAGAAAGGUGCUUACAGAUGGGUACAUUUUAUUGAAGGGCCCAAAGAAGAAAAGGGUACAUUUUAUUUGGUUCUUAAGAGUUGUACUUGUACCUGAUGAUCUACACGAUUGUCUAGAAAAUGCUUCAAAGAGUUAUCAAUAUUCAAUUAGAUGUGUAUGAAACAAAUUUUUGUUGUGACAACCAUUUAUUGAAUAUUAAUUAGCAACUAUCUUGUACUACGUAAAAGUAAAUUUAAAA